ACGGAGAAGGAAGACCUGUCCUGCCCCUCCAGCUUUCAAGCUUGUGCUUUUUAGCUGCAACUCCACCCUGCACUGGUGGAGAAGGGAUCAGUUCCCACUGAUCGCAGGAAAGGGAGGUCACGGGGUUUGCUUGAUUAAAUCACCACAAGCCAAAAGGUUCUUUCUCUCACUCACUGAGAAUUGCUUGCAGGCUGUUUAAUUUGUUCCUAAAGAAAAGCAAAACAAAAAAAAGCAAACCCCAAGCCCAAGAAGAAACAGCACACAGGGAAAAGCAGGUGUGUCUCAAGAUCUGGGAAAACAGGGAAAACAAAGGGCAGAACUGAGACAGGAGGUGACACUUGGACGGGAAGUUUCCAUCCCAGCACAAGAGGACAAGUUUGGAAGAGAGUCGGACAGGACCAGCACUUUUUGCCCUACAGGUCAGUAUCCAGGUGAAGUCUCACUCCAGAUGGAUCUCUUUAAGAAGCACAUUUGGUGAGAAAAGUCACAGACCUCUGCUGAGCACCCACCUUGGUGACAUCAGGUACAUGCUUGACUAUAAACUCCUUCCAAUUCAUGAGGCUGCACAGCAAAGUCACCAGGCAAAAUGCCAUCCCCAAGCACUACAGGUCUCCACUGCCUCUUCCUGAUGGUCUUAGCCUGCUGCCAGACAUCACACGGCUCAAACUUCUAUCCACUCUCCUAUGUAAUUGACAGCACACUAGGACAUGAAAGCUUCUACCCAGAGAUGCAAAGGCAGAAGCGAAACAUGCUUAUUCUUGACCUCCCCCUUCCGGAGUACACUGUGGACAUUGAAAUAAGCCUGCAGGAUUCAUCUUAUCUGGAGCAAAUUAAAGACUAUUUCAGAAACAGUCUUCCAAUUAAUAUUUCAAAUGUACAAACAACAGUUUCAAACAUCAGCAUUACAACAGUCUGCCAGCCCAGUGGUGAGAAUAGCAGCUGCUGUUUCUGUGAAAAUGGAUAUGCCUGGCCAAGCACGGUGUGCAGUGAUGUGAUGCCCUGCCCUUCUCUGAGCCUGGAACCAGCCCUGCCCUGUGGCUACAUGCAGGAAAUGCCUUUCUAUGGACCCUACUGUGAGCCCCAGACUGAAGAGUCAUGUGGUAUGGGAGAGCCCAUUGUAAUGAAUAUGUCAGUCAGACUUGACUCAGACUUCCAGGAUGAUCUCAAGAAUUCUUCCUCUGUGUUAUACCAAAAAUACAAAGCGGACCUUGAAAAAGCGUUUUAUGACAGCUACAGAUGUUUACCCGGCUUUGUAUCAGCAACAGUAAAAAGUUUCAGCCCUGGAAGUGUUUUUGUGAACUAUGAAGUAAGAACAGGAGCAGCAAGCUUCACUCAGCUUGGAGAUUCCAACAGAGCUGUACAGCAUUUUCUGGAUUCAUUGUACCAGCUAAACCCAUUUACCUUCACAAGAGUAAUCACUAAUGAGACAAACUUCACCGUGAAACCCUGGAGCAUUUUUGAAGGGGACACAGUAAGACUGACCUGUGAGAUAAAUUCAACAUUCACCAAUGUGACCUGGUAUCACUUUGACCAGACCAUCUCAAACAGCUCCCGAUAUUCAAUAGAAACAGUUUUAGCAGCCAGAAGGUCAAUUCUUAAAAUUUCCGACGUCACAAUGAAGGAUUCUGGUUCCUAUAGUUGUGUGUUCAUAAUGAGCAGUCCAUAUCACACAGAGAUACACAACGCCACAGAAACAAUAUCUAUCUUUCCGCUACAAGUCACUCCAAACUUCGAGGACAUCGAUGUCACAUGUAACAGUCCUGAAGUGCAAGCAAAGGGUCCUCUGUUGUCCUGUUGCAUUGACAGACACUUGACAUCGCUUAAGGUUUCCUGGAAAGUCAAUGGAACAAUCAACAUUACAGGAGUAUCCAUAUUGAAUGGAAACUGCACUGAAUACCAGCUCAGCAUCAACGAGUCCCUGUGCCCAGCUGAGAUGUCAGGUGCAGUGACCACAUACACGUGUGAGCUGGAGACUGGACACGGAGCCAGGCGCGCUCGGAGCAUCAGAGUCACGUACCUGCGGAAAGCCCACGUAACAAUAUCUUCAACAAGCACAAGAGUUUCUGAGGGAUACGAGUUCAAUGUAACAUGUGAAAGUGAUGUGAGCAAUUAUGACAGCAUCAGUUGGAAAAUCCAGUCUGGAAGUUACACAAAAACAGUAGACUGUGUUAUGUGCAUCAAAAAUUACAUUUUCCCAGCCACAUCUGUGCUCACAGUGAAGUCUGCCUCACAGGACUGGGGAGGCACCUACAUCUGCACAUUCUCCCAGAAAAACCUGGACAGUUCUGCCAAUGUGACCAUCGAGGUGAUUUCCUUGCCCCUGAAGCAGAACAUCCUGAUAGACCCCAUUGUAACAUCAAUACAGUGCCAAGUGCCACGUGCCCUCCAGUGCUGCAUACGUGCAGAGACCAUGAAAAACUACAGCGUUACAUUUUGGGUUCAACAAAAUGAAUUUCAAGUUGAGAAAAAGGAAAAAGACAAUUUGAUUUGCUACAUGUACAAUCACACGCAAAAAGAAUGUAACGAAGAUAAAGAGUUCAUGGCAUAUUGCAAGUUUAUCAACCACAUCGGAGCGGGCGUUGACAGUGAACGUAUAAGACUGCAGUUGAUACCUGAGAAGAAAAUUUCCUGCUCAGACAGCUUGGGCAUUGGAACAGAAGGAGCCACAUUAAUAAAGCCAUGCUCUGAUGUAAAAAAUGCAAAAGGUUUUACUCGAGGCAAUGUGACUUACAAGUGCAGCCACGGGUCAUGGAAGGUUGUAAGGAAUGACUGUCUGUCUGUGCCAGUAAAUGACCUGCUGAGUAGUGCUGAGUCCUUGGUCAACAGCCCCGAGGCAAAAGCACAACUACCCUCCUACCUUGCACACCUUAAGGAACAGACAAAAAAGGAGCUAACCACAAUAAACAAUUCCUCAGCAAACAUAGGUGCAAUUGUUACCAUCCUGGAUAUGGUCUCCUCUAUCCCAGCAGAGGCAGAGGAGCAAACUAUGCAGAAUUUCCUAUCCACAGUGGACUUAAUUGUUGAUAAUUCCACAACUAAAGUUUGGGAAGACAUGAAUAAAGAGAAGACACGACAAAGUUCUUUGUUACUGCAGUCAGUAGAAAAUUUUUCCCAGAACCUCCAACCAGUUAAUAACACCAUUCCUUCUGUCUCUGCCAACACCAUUCAGCUCCAAGGGAUAGUCGUCAAGGAAAAUAACAACACAGAUUAUAACAAGGAAUUCAGCAGUUCAGAAAACCUCACAGUCAGCGUGCUCAUUAGUGAAACUGAAAUCCAGACUCUAACCCGAAAUUCAACCAUUGUCAGUGUGAUGUACUCAAAACUUGGACAUAUUUUGCCACGGGAUACGUCUGAAUAUGUGAACGGUUUAUUGAUAACAACAACUUUGAGCAGCAGCAGAAGCCAGAAGUUUGAAGUUAAUAUGACAUUUGCAAAGAAAAACUCGUCUCUGAAGAUGCCCAGGUGUGUUUUUUGGAACUUCACACUCAACAACCAAAGGGGGAACUGGGAUAAUCAUGGCUGCACACCCACAGAGUCAGAAGAUUACGUCAUUUGCUCCUGCAAUCACUUGACAUCAUUCUCCAUCCUGAUGUCACCUGAUGGAUCCCCCUCCGAUCUAACCUUUGAAGAUUAUAUUUCCUACAUUGGCCUGGCCAUUUCAAUCGUGAGCUUGAUGGUCUGCAUCAUAAUUGAAUCCUUGGUCUGGAAGUACGUGACAAACAACACAACCUCCUACAUGCGCCACGUCUGUAUUCUCAACAUUGCUACAUCCCUGCUGAUUGCUGAUGUUUGGUUCAUUGUCACUGCCUCCAUCACUGAUCAAAAGCAGCAGAUGAGCAGAGACAUCUGUAUCAUGGCCGCUUUCUUCAUCCAUUUUUUCUACCUGUGUGUCUUGUUCUGGAUGCUGAGCCUGGGUCUCAUCCUUUUCUACAGACUGGUGUUCAUCUUGCACAACACGAGUAAGACCACUCAGAAGGCAGUGGCAUUCUGCGUGGGAUACGUGUGCCCCUUUGUCAUUGCAGUCACCACCAUCGCUGUCACCCUGCCAAAAAAAAGUUACAUCAGAAAUGAUGUCUGCUGGCUCAACUGGACGGACAGCAAAGCUCUCCUGGCUUUCAUCAUACCUGCCUUGAUCAUCGUGGCCACCAACUUGUUCAUUGCCGCAGUUGUUAUAAUAAAAAUAUUGAGGCCAACUAUUGGGGAUAGGUCAAGUGGGCAGGAGAGGAAGUAUCUGUUUCAGAUUGGCAAAAGUGUGGCCAUCCUGACACCACUGUUAGGCCUCACCUGGGGUUUCGGCCUUGCCACUGCCAUCAAAAACAGUAAUCGAGCUUUCCACAUCCUCUUUAGUGUGCUCAAUGCUUUUCAGGGAUUAUUCAUUUUGGUGUCUGGGACUCUCUGGGAUAAGAAGAUACAAGAAGCCCUGUUGAAGAGGAAUUCAUCAUCCAAAUGGAGUUCACAGCAAUCAAAGUCAUCCUCCCUGAUCCUGGUGACACCAAUGCUUGCUAUGAGCUACCCAUUUUCAAGGACCUUUAACAACUUAUGUGGGAAAACAGGCAAAUACAAAGUAUCUUCUUCAGAGCCAUCCACCUCUUCCACUGAAAAUACUUCCAAGGCAUAUUCUUUGCUUAACUGAAGCACUGCCAAUGCUAAAUCAUGUAACUCUGAAAGGACCUCUGAAAAGACACGACACAAA